UAUGCCGGCGCCCGGGUCUUCUGUGCCCAGAAGUAGUUCUGUCGCCCACUGUGGACUGACUGGUCUCCGGGCUCCUACUCAGUGCAUUACUAUUAGUGCUCCAGUGCAUGCUUUGGACUUCGGUGUUUCCCUGUCGUUUUUGAGCGUACCUUUAUUGGUAACUCCAGGCGCUCUUGUUCUCCCCAUACCGGAGUUCCAGGCUUCUGCGACGGCCCUGACCCGAGUUGAUUCUUUUAAACGAAGCAACAUUUUGCCAACAACAGCACUUCAUCAAAAGAAAAACGCACUAACUAAACGAACUCAGCUGUUGUUAUUUCCUUCCGUGGAUAGUGGUGCAUUUCUUAACCCUCUGUGGCUAAAAGCAAGACAAAAUAUGGCUUAUCGAAUUAGUGCUAGCCGGUGGGUCGCGAGCCUGACCGUGAUUGCCGCCUUCAUGGGGCAAAGCAUCGCAGUUUGUCCUUCUGGCGGCGAAAGCUUCGAACUCGUCACUGGAUACGUUUAUACAGCUCCGACAGAAACGAUCGAAUUGAAAGCGGGCGUUCUCCAAUUGCAGCAAUGUCUACAGAUGUGUCGGGACCACAAUGCCUGUCGCAGCGUCAACUUUGAGACCGGCCUGUGUGUACUGUUCUCUUCGUCUGCAUCGGAACGGCCGGAAUCCCUUUCACCGUCGCAGUUUCCUGUCUUUACUAUCUAUGCGGAAAAAGUUUGCAUACAAGACUCUGGCUGUGUGCGCGAUUGGCAUUAUGAACGUGUUAAAGGCUACGUGCUGAUGGCUGAGAUUAAAAAAAUUCAGACGGUUUCCAGCCGACAACAGUGCAUUGAGCUUUGCUUCACUGAAGCUGACUUUCAAUGUCGUUCUGCCAACUUUGAAGAUGUCACUGGCCAGUGCAGCCUUUCUGAUAUGGACCGUCACACCGUACUUGAUAAGAGGCUUUUCCAAGCUGACGUGAACGAAACGAUCGACUACCUAGAGAGUAACUGCGUUGUCGAAGAUGCUCGUCUCUGUGAGUUCAAAAACGUCAAAAACAAGAUCCUGAAGACCGUUGAUGCUGUGUACCAGGAUGUAAAGGGCGAAGAUGAGUGCAAAAAGAUUUGUCUAGGAGCUAACUUCCGCUGCCACUCGUACGAUAUGGGAGAUCCUCAGAACCCUGUUUGUCGUAUCAGCCACUACGCUCGCGCAUCUCUCACUCAUAUUCAGGAUCCUUACCUUAAAAUCGCCGAGGCCGUAACCUACGAGCUUGCUUCGUGUUUCAACGUGUCAAUCGAAUGCCUUUCCCGCGAAAUGGUUGCCAGGGUAAAGUCUACGAAGAUGUUCAAUGGUAAACUCUACUCAAAGUCGAAGCCCAAUUCCUGUGUUACUGAUGUUUCUAAUUCGAUGGAGUUCGAAAUCACAAUGAACUAUCACGAACUGGAAUGCGACGUCAAACAGGAGGAUGGCCACUUUUUCUCGGAUAUCGUGAUCCAACACCAUGACAUGAUUGUCACCAACCAGGAUCUUGGUCUCUCCAUCAACUGCCAUUACGACCUGUCUAACCGAAGUGUGUCUAACGGAGUUCAACUCGAGGUUGACGGACGAGAGAUCGAGCACUCAGAGAGCCAGCUCGCCACCGUCGGCUCUCCGAACGUCACGAUGCACAUCACAGAUCGCAACGGACAAGACGUUACUGCCGCUCAAGUCGGAGAUCCUCUUGCUCUUCGCUUCCAAAUUACCGACGUUGAUUCACCCUACGAAAUUUUCGUCCGGGAGCUGGUUGCCAUGGAUGGAGUUGAUAACUCCGAGAUAUUGCUUAUCGACUCAAACGGCUGCCCCACUGAUCGCACAAUCAUGGGUCCCUUGUAUAAGGUGAACAGCUCGGGACAGGUUCUGCACGCGCCCUUCGAUGCUUUCAAGUUCCCCACUUCAGAAAUCGUGCAGUUCAAGGCGUUAGUCACACCCUGUAUUCCUUACUGUGAGCCGGCCAAAUGUGAGGACACUAUUAAUGUGCCUUUCGAAGGACGCACUGAAAGCGAUUCGUACGGCCGCCGACGCAGGCGAUCAAUUCGUCAAUCGCGCAACUCAACCACUGGCACUGAUGAGGAGCUUGUCGUCGUUCAACAGAUUCGCAUCUCGGACAAAUUCACAUUCAAUCCCGACGAAGAUAAAGAUGUUACGCUCGCGGAUACGUCCGGUUCUUCUACAAACUUUGCUCCGGUCUCUGGCUGCGCUAACUUGGUCAGCAUUGCAGUCGUUUGCGGCUCCUUCCUCAUUGCCCAGGUCACGCUACUGUUCGUAUGCGCAUUUGUUGUUAAUAGCCGACGUGGCAAGAAGCUUGACGAGCUCGUUGAACGGACGCCGUCCGUAUCAUCGACGGCGUCUCGGCUUUAUAGUCGUCAGCCCUUCAACACUCAGUGGAGCUAGACACCUUCGUAAACAGAAAGGGAAGGAAGAGCGAAAAUAAAAAGGAGAAUAAAAAAAGAAAACGAGUUGAGAAAAAAAACAAAAAAUAGAAAACGUACUCGAGAGUUUGCCAAUGCAGGGUGGAGUAAAAAGAAACGUGGCAGAAAUGUACAAGAACGAAACGAGGUCCAUCUACCCAUUAAUUAUUUAAUCAAGCAAUCACUUUUCAUACCCGAUCGAUGGUCCACCACUGAGUGUCUCAAUCCCUCCGAGAGCUUAACGUGGCGGCCGUGCGCCGUUUAAAAUCACCAUGUGUUGUUUUUUUUUUCGAAUAUUUUCCCGUGUUCCCGUUCAGUGAUCGCUGCCGGGGGCGCAGGAACAUCGGGGUAGCCGAGGUGCCAACGCCAGUGGCUACAAAUUGCAAGAAGCUCUCUCUCUGGCUAUUUUAGAGCGCGCCACUGGUAUUAGCGCUGAAGGACGUUGCCACAAGGACGGAGCGAAAUUCUCGAUAUGGUAAAACGAGGCUUUGAAGAAUAACAACUUAGAUAUAUAAGAACGUAUUGCGCUCCCUACUAAUGCAUUCCUAAUAAGCUCUGACUUCGUACCCGAUGGUUUCAACGGUUUCUUUUCUUCCCUUAAUCAAAGUAAGCUUGUUUGUCGUGUGAAUAGUUCAGCUGCAACUGGAACGACUUCGACACCUAAUGACAUUACGAAGUGUGAAACGAGGUUCAGGAUUCUGGUAGCCAGAAAGUUAGUUCAAUCUCUUUUGGCAGAUCGAUAUGAACAGCUGUAUGAAAUGAAUUAUGGCCGGGCCGACAAGGAGAUUAAUUAGAACGAUGGGGGAUAUGACAAAUGAGACUGAAGAGAAUGCUUAUUUAUUCAAUUUGUGUGUAGCAUGUGUGUGUAUGUGUAGUAGUAGCUCUAUGCUAAUGUGCGUAAAGUGUGACAAAUCUUCAUGAAAACAAGAAGAUCUGUGAUCCGCAACCGCAACGUCGAUAGCUAUGCAGACGUAACGGAUCUAGGCUCUUCUUUAGACGACAGCUACUUUUCGGGCUGGUUCCUUUUGGCCAUUUGACCUGACCUGACCUCGUUGAAUCUAGUAAACCUAUAGACAGCCUGCAACAACUACAUACAACGACUAAGGUCAGCACGGCCUUCUCCACCUAAUACUUUCGACUAUGAUCUCCUAAAUGGAAGCUCUUGUUAUCGCCAGUUGCUAUUUAUAUUCUACUAUAUAAUUAUUGCAUGUAGACGCAACUUUCUGGCCAACCACGCAAGCAGGUGCUAAUGCAGCGAACUUAACCACUCUUGCCAUAUGUUCUUUGCGGUGCCCUAUAUACUUCACGUAAAAGAGGACAAUAACGCCUGAAAAAAGAAACAAGUUUAAUACGUCGAAAAUAAGAAAUCGCUUCUAUUUUAACAACAACAACAACAGCAACAACAACAAUUUGUUAACAAAAGCAGCAUGUGACAAAAGCAACUUUAUUAAAAACAGCACUACCGCCUCAUUUAUUGUCACUGUCGUAACAUUUGCGUUUACAACAGACGAUUCAUGUAUCACCAGAAGAUGCUUUGAAAACGGAAGGACAAAAUUCGGGAAAAAUCUCAGAUCACUCACUAUUUACCACGCAUCGUAUGAUUCAAGCCAUCGGAUCUG